UCAAAUCUGCAAAAAUUCUUUGCUGCAAGAAAACGGGGGUGAUGUCAUCAGAAGAUGAUGCUGGCGGGGAGGCUCCUGGGGGCAGUUUCUGGGAGGCUGGAAACUACAGGCGGACAGUGAAGCGUGUGGAUGAUGGGUACCGGCUCUGCAAUGACUUGAUCUCCUGCUUCCAGGAAAGAGCCAAGAUAGAGAAGAACUAUGCCCAGCAGCUAACAGAGUGGUCCCGUAAGUGGAGGACCAACGUGGAGAAAGGUCCACAGUACGGUACUCUGGAGAAGGCCUGGCAUGCCUUCCUGACAGCUGCAGACAGGCUGAGUGAAAUUCACUUAGCUGUCCGGAACCACCUGGCCGGUGAAGACUCGGAUAAGAUCAAGGCCUGGCAGAAGGAGGCCUACCACAAGCAGAUGAUUGGAGGCUUCAAGGAGACAAAGGAGGCAGAGGAUGGGUUUCGCAAGGCCCAGAAACCCUGGGUGAAGAAGAUGAAAGAUGUGGAGACUUCUAAGAAAAACUAUCAUGCAGCCCGGAAGGAGGAGAAAACAGCCCAUACAAGGGAGAACCACGCCAAGGCAGACUCAUCGAUCUCACAGGAACAGCUGCGCAAGUUGCAGGAGCGCGUAGAGAAGUGCAGUCAGGAGGCUGAGAAG